UUGCCGCGGGCGGUGCAGAUGUAUCGGAGGGCUCUGAUGCUACACGAGCAAGUGCACGGGGUGAACACGGUAGAGGCAGCGACGCUGGAGAUCAAUCUCGGAGCAGCACUGCUGGCAGCUGGGGACGCAGCAGAGAGCAAGCGGCACUUCCAGACGGCCCUCGAUAUCCGCUGCAAGCACCUCGGAGAGGAGCAUGCGCUGACGCAGACGGCGAUGAAGUGGAUGGUGAAGCUGCAGUCCAAGAACGACCUGACAAGGGCUGCGAGCGAUGCAUCCAAGACUGAAGGUUCAUGAGAAGAGACAAGACCUUUCUUCCGAAAACACCAUGGAGAUCACAGACAUGGACGAAUAGGGAAGGAGGAGAGAGGAGAGAGGAGAAAGGAGUAUCAGUGAGGGAGGAGGAAGAAGAAAGGAGGAGGCAAGGUGUAGAUAUGUAGAUACUGAUAGAUCUGUUGACUAUUCCUAGACAAAUGUUUUAACGCACAGGCGAGCUUGAUGUAAUAAUAA